AUGGACCCUACCUUUGAAUACCCUGCCCCAAAUGUUUCUGAAUAUUUAAGCCAAGUGGUUGAUGAUGAGCAUCAUAAUCCGUCAGUUGCUCUUUGUAAAUCGGAUGCCAGACCCAGAGGCAAAAGAAAUUUGAAGGUCAAUGAUGUGUCAUCUGACCAUCCGAGUGCUUCAUUGUUUCUGGGUGGACACUCCACAAAUGAAAUUGAGGAAGGCUCAGUUGAUACUGGUCUGAGUAUUAACCUCUUUUGUAGCAGAGAGAGGAGAUACGAGAAAAGGAAUAAGUAUUGUGCCAGUCCUAAGGCACUUGUACUAGAAAGGUCGGAGCCAUGCCUAGAAUUAAGUUUGUCAACUUGUCUCUCUGAAUCGGCCAUCACCACUGUCAAUCAAGGAUCUAUUCAGUUCCAGGAUAGUGCAAAUCAACUGGUGGAUGAAGGGACCACAUCAUCUAGAUUGAAACUAGGGCAUCGUCUUCCUCCACUGCAAAGUACAGGGACAGCCACAAUUCUCAGGCCUGUUCCUGGCAGUGGUAUAACAGGUCUUGUUAUCCCACACCCCGCAUCAAAUGUAACAGACUCUUUUAGGAACUCUGUUGCCUUUGAAUCUGGUGUAGCUUCCCAGAAACAGAGCCGGAAAUCCAGAGUGAAGUCAUGUCGGUUCACUGGAUGCACAACGGGAUCGAGAGGAGGUUCUGGAUUAUGUAUAAGGCAUGGAGGUGGCAGAAGGUGUCAGAAACCUGGAUGUGGUAAGGGAGCUGAAGGCAAAACGAUGUUCUGCAAAGGACAUGGUGGUGGACGGCGAUGCCAGUAUCCUGAAUGCGGGAAGAGCGCUGAAGGACGUACAGAUUACUGCAUUGGUCAUGGGGGUGGUCGAAGGUGUAGUCAUGAUGGUUGCCCUCAUGCUGCUAGGGACAAAUCUGGAUUUUGCAUCAAGCAUGGAGGUGGAAAGAGAUGCAUGAUGGAAAAUUGUAAAAAGAGUGCAGAGGGUAUUGCGGGUCUUUGUAUCUCUCAUGGUGGCGGCCAUCGUUGCCAGUAUACUAAUUGUACUAAAGGGGCUCAAGGGAGCACAAAGUUGUGCAAGGCACACGGUGGAGGGAAAAGGUGUACUUUUUCAGGGUGUGCGAAAGGGGCAGAAGGGAGUACAGCACUCUGUAAAGCUCACGGUGGUGGUAAGAGAUGUACUUUUGAAGGCGGAUGCCCUAAAAGUGUGCACGGUGGUAGUCUAUUUUGCGUUAAUCAUGGCGGGGGGAAGAGAUGCGCAAAGGCUGGUUGCACUAAAAGUGCGAGAGGGACGACUAACUUCUGUGUUGGCCAUGGUGGGGGGAAAAGGUGCAAGCAUGAAGGAGGAUGCGGUAAAAGUGCACAAGGCAGCACCAAUUUUUGCACGAAACAUGGAGGAGGAAAGCGGUGUUCCUGGGGCCAGUCAGGUUCUGGCAGUAAGGCUGUUUCUCCUUGCGACAAGUUAGCCAAGGGGAAGCUAGGCCUCUGCACUUCACACACUUCUCAGUUGGAUAAUUUGCAACUACAUGGUGGUAGCUCUUUUAAGAAGACUGCAGGAAUGUAUGCAUUUGAGAACACGCGUGGGAAGGAGCACAUCCAUCUGCAGACACCACCGCCGGAUAGCUGUUUGAUUGAAAAUCAUCAUCCAUCGCAGUUUUCACUUCCAGAAGGCAGGGUGCAUGGAGGAAGCCUGAUGGCAAUGAUGCGCAGAGAUGGUGCCAAUGUUGGACCAAGCAGAUAUGACAACGAAGCUGGGUGCUCUUUGGAUCCUGGAUCGUCUCAUUCAUUGCCUCAUGAAUGGGUUUGA